AUGCUGACGACGGGCUCGCGGUCGCGGCAGCUCGUCCUCCUGGUCGACCAGUCCGGCAAAGGCGACCAUAGGAGGAUCCAGGACGCGAUCGAUGCGGCACCGGCGGGUGGCUCCGGCAGCGGCGGCGGCGGCGUCGUCAUCCGGAUCAAGCCGGGAGUUUACAGAGAGAAAGUGGUGGUGGACAAGCCUUGCAUAACUCUCGUGGGCACGAGCGCCAGCUCGACCAUCAUCACCUGGAACGAGUCCUGGGUGGCCUCCGAGAGCCCGACAGUAUCCGUGCUAGCCUCCGACUUCAUCGCCAAGCGCUUAGCGUUCCAGAACACGUUUGGGAGUAGCGGGCCGGCAGUCGCCAUGAGGGUCGCCGGAGACAGGGCGGCGUUCUACGGGUGCAGGUUCGUGUCGUUCCAGGACACGCUCCUGGACGACACGGGCCGCCAUUACUACCGCGGCUGCUACGUCCAAGGUGCCACCGACUUCAUCUUCGGCAAUGGCAAGGCUCUGUUCGAUAAGUGCCACCUCCACUCCGUGUCGGCGGCCGGCGGCGCGUUCACGGCGCAUAAACGGUGGUCGGAGUCGGAGGACACCGGGUUCAGUUUCGUGGGGUGCAAGCUGACGGGGCUCGGGGCCGGCACGUCCAUCCUGGGGCGACCCUGGGGUCCCUACUCCCGCGUCGUCUUCGCGCUCAGCUACAUGUCCAGCACGGUGAGGCCCCAGGGCUGGGACGACUGGACCGACGGCGACAAACAGAGGCAGAGGACAGCGUUCUACGGGCAGUACCAGUGCUACGGGGAAGGCUCCAAGACUGACGGAAGAGUAGCGUGGUCUCACGACAUGUCGCAGGCUCAAGCUGCACCGUUCAUCACCAAAGGUUGGGUUGGUGGACAGGAGUGGCUUCGGUAGAAAAAUAAAAAGAAAACUACCUAUAUCACCAUAUACGUGCUAUGCAAAUGACAUUGCAUUUGUAGAAUUAAUUGAUCGUAUGCUGUGUGGCUGGUUAACUGUGCGUGUGGUUCAGUUCUAUCAGGAUGUGUCCAUUUCUAUGUUAGAAACCAUGUUCGGUAUGGGAACCAUGCAUGGUCAGUUGGUGACGACUCCGUGGGCGCCGGCAAACGAACUUUUGUUUCGUAUAGGACUCUGUCUCGCUUUGAAGCCAAUCCAUUGGCAACGGUGAGAGUGAGAACUUGUGUAUGCUACACUUUCACUAGCCGUUAUAUGUAUACAAAAAAAAAAAGAAUUUUUAGCCUCGGCGCGAUGAUGCCCCCACCAACUGU